AAGCAGUGCGAGGAAUAACGGACUGAGUGAAAGUUUUGGGACGCAUGGUAUGGCGCUCAUGGCCGCGAUUAUUUACGCGCUCGCGUCGCUUCUCCUGGCGAUCUGUGAAGGUCUAUCCGUUCCGAGGAAUUAUCCUGCAAAUGAAGUCACGCUGUUGGAUUCCAGAUCAGUUCAGGGAGAAUUGGACUGGGUCGCCAGCCCGACAGAAGGAGGGUGGGAGGAGGUGAGCAUCAUGGACGAGAAGAACAUCCCCAUCAGAACAUACCAGGUGUGUAACGUACUGGAACCCAAUCAGAACAACUGGCUCCGGACUCACUGGAUACAGCGUGGGCCGUCGCAGCGCAUCUACAUCGAGAUUAAAUUCACCCUUCGUGACUGUAACAGUUUACCCGGAGUCAUUGGCACCUGCAAGGAGACGUUCAACCUCUACUACCUCGAGUCCGACUCCGACAAUGAGCAUUUUGCGCACGAGAGCCGCUUUACUAAGAUCGACACGGUGGCGGCGGACGAGAGUUUUACGCAGGUGGAUAUCGGCGAUCGGAUCAUAAAGCUCAACACUGAGGUUCGUGACGUUGCCGUUCUGAGCCGCACAGGCUUCUACCUGGCCUUUCAGGAUCUUGGUGCGUGUAUCGCGCUGGUUUCCGUCCACGUGUUUUAUAAGAAAUGUCCGCUAGCUGUGAGGAACCUGGCGCAGUUUCCCGACACGGUGACGGGUGCGGACACGUCAUCCCUGGUGGAGGUGCGAGGCUCCUGCGUGAAUCAUUCGGAAGAGCAGGAGGUUCCAAAAAUGUACUGCGGGGCAGACGGAGAGUGGUUGGUGCCCAUCGGGAAUUGCCUGUGUAAUCCUGGAUACGAGGAACGGAAUGAGCAGUGCCAGGUGUGUAAGGUGGGAUACUACAGAUCUCUGUUGUCAGACGACGGCUGUCAUAGAUGUCCACUGAACAGUUACUCCAUGAAGGAAGGCGCCACGUCCUGUGAUUGCGACAAAGGAUAUUACAGAUCAGAAACGGACCCAGCGUCCAUGCCUUGCACACGUCCUCCAUCUGCUCCACGCAAUCUCAUAUCUAAUGUCAACGAGACGUCAGUGCUGUUGGAAUGGAGCCCUCCUCUCUCCUCCGGAGGCCGUCAGGAUCUCACUUACAACGUGGUGUGUAAGCGAUGCGCUCGAGACAUGCAGAGAUGCGUGCCGUGCGGAGACGACGUGCGCUAUUCUCCGCAGCGGCUGAGUCUGCGCUCCACGCGCGUGUCUGUUCACCAGCUGCAGGCGCACACUAACUACACCUUUCAGAUCUGGGCCGUCAACGGGGUUUCCAAACACAACCCCAGCCCGGAGCAGGCCGUGUCCGUCACGCUCACCACCAAUCAAGCCGCUCCCUCCACAGUCAUGUCUGUUGAAAGUAAGGACAUCACUCGUCACACGCUCUCUCUGUUCUGGCAGGAGCCGGAGAAACCCAACGGAGUCAUACUGGAAUAUGAAGUCAAAUACUAUGAGAAGGAUCAGAAUGAGAGGAGUUAUCGUAUCGUCAAGACGACAUCUCGUAAUGCCGAUAUUAAAGAUCUGACUCCACUGACCUUGUACGUGUUUCACGUGCGCGCCCGCACCGCGGCGGGAUAUGGAGAGUUCAGUGCUCCUUUUGAGUACAGUACCAACACAGUAGCAGCUCGAGUUGUCGGGGCCAUGAGCUCAGCUGUGUUGCUGCUUUUGGUGGCCAGCUGUGUUGUGGUGGUUCUUCUUAUCUUCAUCAUUGCCUUCAUCAUCACUAAAAGGAGGAGCAAAUACAGCAAAACCAAACAGGCCGAUGAGAAACACCUUCAGCCAGGGGUGAGGAUAUAUGUGGACCCUUUCACCUACGAAGACCCGAACCAGGCAAUUCGGGAGUUUGCUAAAGAGAUCAAUACAUCCUGCAUCAAGAUCGAGAAGGUGAUCGGCAUCGGUGAGUUUGGGGAGGUGUGCAGCGGUCGACUGAAGCUUCCUGGCAAACGAGAGAUCUGUGUGGCCAUCAAGACGCUGAAGGCGGGGUUUACCGAACAGCAGAGACUGGACUUCCUGAGCGAGGCAAGCGUCAUCGGACAGUUUGACCAUCCCAAUAUCAUUCACCUGGAAGGUGUGGUUACCAAAUGUAAACCUGUUAUGAUCAUCACAGAGUACAUGGAGAACGGCUCUCUGGAUAUGUUUCUCAGAAAGAAUGACGGCCGCUUCACUGUUAUUCAGCUGGUGGGGGUGCUGAGAGGUGUCGCGUCUGGUAUGAAAUAUCUGUCGGACAUGAGUUACGUUCAUCGAGACCUGGCAGCGCGAAACAUUCUGGUCAACAGCAACCUGGUGUGCAAAGUCUCAGACUUCGGGAUGUCCAGAGUGCUCGAAGAUGAACCAGAAGGAGCUUACACUACCAGAGGAGGAAAGAUUCCCAUUCGCUGGACUGCUCCAGAGGCCAUCACAUACAGAAAGUUCACUUCAGCAAGUGAUGUGUGGAGUUAUGGCGUCGUUAUGUGGGAGGUGAUGUCAUACGGCGAACGACCAUAUUGGGACAUGAGUAAUCAGGAUGUGAUAAAGGCGAUAGAGGAAGGCUACAGGUUGCCGCCGCCCAUGGAGUGUCCGCUGGCGUUACAUCAGCUCAUGUUGGAGUGCUGGAUGAGAGAACGUGCCGACAGACCCAAAUUCAGCCAGAUUGUCAACAUGCUAGACAAACUCAUACGCAACCCAGCCACGCUGAAGAGGAUAGCGGGAGACACCAGCAGGCCUCACCCCUCCAUGCUGCACCAUGCUUCCUCCGGAAGCUCCGCCCCCUCAUUGGCUUCUGUUGAUGACUGGCUGAAAGCCAUUGGACUAGAACAAUACAGAGACAACUUCAAUACAGCGGGACACAGCAGUUUAGAGAGUGUUAUAGAAAUGAACCAGGAGGAUCUGGCCAACAUGGGAGUCUCGUGCACUGCACAUCAGAGAAAGAUUUUAAGCAGUGUCCAGGAUUUAUUGUCUGGAUUGCAUCAAACACAAGAUAAGAAGAUUCCCGUGUAAUUCAGGACACAGUCCAGGUCGAUAUGAACUAGAAGAGGGAUGGAUUAUUUCACAUCACUUCUGCACUUUAUUGGAAUAUAAAGUUAAAAAUGAACGAGUCAAACUGCACUUUGUCUGGACCUCAUGAGGAAUCAUUUUCUGUGCUGGUUUUCCUCUUGAUGUCUGAGGAUUUUUGAACCGUUCUUCAAAAUGAAAUGUGGAGGAGAUGUUUCUGGAGACAAUGAAGGGGUGCAUUUGACAGGAGGAACAUGACUUCGGGAGUCGUUCUCUCUGUAAGAGUAUGACGUGUUUGUCCUCAGGAAGAAGGAAAACGUUCCCCGUGGAUCAGAUCCCCAUGAACAUUAUAUUUAAAUGGAUCAUUUGCCUGGGGAGAUUUCAUAUGAAACUACCAGACCUUUUGGAUUGUGUUUGUUUUAUAAAGGCCAGAUGGAGCAGUGAUUCAGAGAUAUGGCUGAAUGGAAAUUGUAUUGCUUUAUUUUCUUUAAAAAUAAUGGAAAUGAGAAAAUAAAUCAAGGUAAGAUGUAGUCUUAAGUUACUCAUGUUCUGUGUAUACAGUUUUUGCGUUUUAAGGUAGCUAAAGAAAUCAUUUGAUCCAAUUCCUGUCUGGACAAAUCAUAGCAACAUUUCAGUAACACAUCAAAAGUACACUGUAGAUAAUUCAGAAUUUUGUAUGUACAUACAAUGGUUUUUAAUAAUUUUUUUUAUCAUGUACAUAAUACCAGCGGUCAUUUCCAUGUACAGGUAAUUUUUUAUAUUUUCUUUUUCUUCAUAUGCACAAAAGAUGUUUGUAAUUGUCACAAUAACACGAUGUAACUCAGCAGCACAUUUAAAAACAAAUUUAGGAGUCACGCCGUCUGCUUUUUCUCUUUAGGUGCUUCUAACUUAUGACCUCUAUUUAUGAUCUUUUGUAUCUAGUUGAUAAAAUAAAAUGGAAAAGAUUACA